AUGGAUUCAAUCCUUGCCAAGAAGGGCAGCCUGUCUAAGCUAUGGCUUGCUGCUCAUAUGGAGAGAAAGCUAUCCAAAACUCAAUUGCUUAAUACGAACAUAGUAUCGUCUGUUGGUGAUAUUUUAGGAGAAGGAGCCGCCGUCCCGUUCGCAUUACGAUUAUCUGGUCAAUUAUUACUUGGUGUCGUAAGGAUCUACUCACGAAAGGCUCGAUAUCUACUCGAAGACUGCAAUGAGGCUCUCCUCAAAAUCAAAAUGGCAUUCAAGCCUGGUAUAGUCGAUAUGCCUGAAGAGCAAAUCAUGGCAAAUCCGAAUGCUAUCACUGUGCCGGAUGUAAUUACUGACGACGACAUGCUUUUCCGCGAUGAUCCAUUCGAUGAUCCAUUCGAUAUGUCUUUCUUCGCCGAUCUGCCAACUCGCCUCUCGCAAACCGAAUCUCUCUCUCAACACACGUUGACCCAGAACGCAUCUCGUCUAGAUGAAAUCACCUUAAAACAUGUACCAUCACAAAUGAGCUUUCUACUAGACCAUGAACCAGAAUUAGGACUUGGUGACGAAGAACUAGACUUGGGCUUUGGUGGUGACGAUCUAAUCCGUACUCAGCUUGGCCAAAAGAAUCCACAUCUAGCAACACCAUCACGUCGACAGUCAUCACUUGAAAUAGAAGUCGGUCGUGACGCACCAGAGAUCGACGUUAGGCGUGAUUCCAUGUUUAAAUUAAAUGAUACCAUGAUGAUGGAUAAUGCUGGUGGAUUUGGUGAUAAGGAGCAAAUGGGAAUUCCAGAAGCGGAACAACAACAAUUUGAACCAGAUGGAUUUCAAAUGGAAGAAGAUCUGCCGCAGAUUCCUGGACGUGAAUCUGUGCACUUGGACGAGCCUUCAGAGCUCAGGAUGGAUUUGAACACACCAACAAGAACACCCGCCAGAGCAUCAAGAGUACCAGAAGAGGGUGACGAAGAAGAGCCGGAACCAGCUGGAACAAUGUUUCAAACACCAAGUAAACCUGCAUCAGCCAAGAAAACUAAAGGCAAAGGCAAACGAUCAGCUCCUAAUACGCCAACUGGUGGUAGAGGAGCUACGCAACAAAAGUCUGCUGCUGGUGGGAAGAAUGCCAAUUCGAGUCUCUUUGAUGAGCAGAUCGAAUUGUCGAAUUUAGAUAUACGACGGGGUUUGGAAAAUCAGGACGACAUCAUGACUGCGGGUCCUGACUUCCUGCCAAGUACUGACCUGGAAGCAUACUAUCAAGAGUAUCGACAACUUGGUAUUCAAGGUUGGAUGAAGAUCCCGAACGAUCGCUGGCCGGAGCCUCUUGUCCGAGCAUCACGAUACCGUCUACAAUCGCUUGGGAUACGCCCACGUAUAGUACCAGUAGCACCUGUAAACGAAAACAUGUUUGAAGAGGAAGAGCCAGAACAACGAGCUGCUUCUCCACGUGCCAGUAAACGUAAAUCGGCUCAAAAUGUACCAGAAGAAGACAUCCUGGAUGAUAUGAUGAUGAUGCCACCACACCGAGAUGAAAAUUGGCAGGAUGAAACAUUUGGUGGUAUGGCUGGUGGUGAUGUCGACUUGUUUCAUCAACAAGGUGGCGAGAUUGACCCACAGGAGACCCAACCAUCUCCAUUCAAGAAGCUUAAGAGAACUGUUCAAGAAGAAGAAGAAGCACCUGCAAUAGGAGAAGGAGAAGAAGAACAAAUCGAUUUUGGUCCUCGAGGUUCGCAAUCAUCUCAACAACGUAAAGAUAAACAACCUGUAGACGAUUAUGAAUUCGCAGAAGAAGGACCAGAAGUAGCAGUUGAAACCAAUGGCUUCUCCACAAAUACUCAAAAGGUUAUCAAAGUAUUGAAGGAACAUUUUGUACCCAACGACGAUGGGGAGGCUGAAGAGUCUGUAAUGUUUAGUGAUUUGACCAAAGAUGCAAAGAGGAUGGAAGGAGUCAAGUUCUUCUUUGAGCUGUUGGUAUUGAAGACAAAGAAUAUGAUCCAAGUCGAGCAAGAAGAACCUUAUGGUGGGAUACGCGUUCGCCCUACAAUGGAAGGCAUCCAAGCGCUUCCUCCGCUUCCUAUAUUGACGGAAAGAAGAAUUGGAUCCGACAAACUCUUCCAAAUGGGAUUAGAACUGUACCCAUAUCAUCCAGAUCUUAAAAUUGAAGGCAGGUGCAAAUGGUGUCUCAAGGAAUGGUUUCAUUUCAAUAUUAGUCAAGAUGAGAAGCCUCAUUAUCAGCUUAGUGGAAAGAUUGCGAGAUAUGACAGUUCGAAUGUCGAAAAGCAUUUGGAAACUUGUCGCAAGAGACCCGACGUGGCACCUCGUAAUGGACCUGGUGGAACCUCACGAGUUAAGAAACGUAAAGCAGAAGCAUCUAUAGACGACGACGAUGGCACCUCACCUCCAACAACCGCCAAUUCCCCAUAUCCGCAUAUGCUUGGAUCAGGAUCAACCACCCCAUACCCGUAUACAGGAUCAAGCUUGGAUUCACUUGACUUGGUCAACAUGGCAGACCCAUCUGUGCAGCACUUUUAUCCACGACCGCGAAUCCUUAAUUUACAUGAAGCUGCCGAGCUAGGUAACAUGAAUCGAAUAGAAGAGGUCUUUGCUGAACCUGUCGUGCUUGUUGAUGCUCUGGAUGAGAAUCGCAAAACUCCAUUGAUGAGGGCCGUAAUUACAGGACAACUAGCAGUUGUCAAACGAUUAUUGGAUGAAAAGGCAGAAGUGAAUUCCAAAUGCGUUCGCCAAAAUAGUAGUCUGCAUUAUAGUGUCAUGUCUCAAGGCAGCUACCCUGAACACAUUCGCAAGGAGAUUGUCCUUGAAUUACUCAAAUACCAAGCAAAUGUCAACUCGAAAAACUCAAAGAGGGAGACAGCUCUUCAUCUUGCAGCCCAGAAUGGAUAUGCUAAUAUCGUUGAAGAGUUGUUGAAUGAAGGAGCUGAUGUGGACUGUAGAGAUGAGAUUGGAUGGUCUGCCCUUCAUCACGCUUCUGCACAAGCCCGUGACGAUCGCCACGACAGUAGGUUGGCCCUGAUUGAUGUCUUGCUUCAAUACGGAGCCGACGUUGAUGCAAGAGCCAACGAUCAAAUGACUCCACUGCACUUAUCUGCCAAGAACGGUAGUGAACGAGUCGUGAAACUGCUACUAGAUAAAGGAGCUAGUGUGCUGGCUCGUGCUGGAGAUCUUAUCACACCCUUACACCUUGCAGCGUCUAACGGACAUGCAAAGGUUAUAAAUGUAUUGAUGGACAAGGGCGCGUUAGUGAAUGCUUGGACCUACUCAAAGAAGACACCUAUCGUCAUGGCAGCUGAAGCUGGGCAGCUUGAAAGUGUCAAACGUCUGCUACACGAGACAGACGUGUCAGUAUUAGACUCAACAGAGCUGGGUCUAAAUGUCUUGCAUAUCGCAGCUGGAAGAGGAGACACUGAAGUUGUACAGCUGCUGAUCCCGGAAGUCUGUGCUGCCCUGAGUCACCGACUCGGACCAGGAUCCAAUCUGAAAGAUUUACCACCAACGAGUACUGGCUGGACUCCACUCCAUUACGCAGCUCUCAACGGCCAUAUUCAAGUAAUAAAGUUCCUCACCGAUAAUGGUGCAAACGUCGACGCUACAUCUCAUCUUGGAUGGACUCCAUAUCUGCUGGCCUGCUCUGAAGGUGAAUUCGACGCAGCUAUAGCGCUGUUGAACUUUAGUGCAAGAAAGGAUGCAAAAACAGCAGCCAAUUGGGGUUCUUUACAUUUGGCAUGCGUCACCAGGAAUAGAAUGUUGAUCCGAUUGCUUUUAUCUGGUGGAUUUGAUCCAAAUCAACGAACGAAUGGCGACUGGACACCUUUAUUAUUGUCAAUUCAGCCAGGUUGUGAAGAUGUUGUGCAACUGCUGAUAGAGAAGGGCGCAAAUAUGGAUACCAGGAACGUCAACGGUUCGACCGCAUUGCAUCUAUCAGCGAUGCGUGGUUAUACCAAGAUCGCUCAAGUUCUCCUCCACUUUGGAGCUGAUGCUGAGAUCAAAUUCAAAGGUAAAACUGCCAAACAAAUCGCUUUUGAUCAUGGCCAUCGUGCAACAGGACAGGCAUUCGAAGUAAAAGUGCCACGCAAAAGAUAA